UCAUAACGACAAGACUUCGUAUUUCAGCUGACAGCUGUGAGUUUGAUGGCUGAUAACGACUCUUGUCGUUUUAGGCAAACGUAAGAUGUUAUCAAAGAUGUUAUCACACGGGCAUGACUAAUUAUAAUUUGAAUGGCUAUCAAGAACCGCCUGAGGUUGUCUCAGAUAUUGUUUUGAGACAUAAAUAUAACGUUAUUUGCAACGAAUGCCUGCUGAACGUAAGAAGUCCGUAAACAUGGAAGACAAGGAGCCGGGGAGCAGUAACAAGGAGAAAGAAAAGGAGAGAGAGGGUGACCGACGUCCCACUUCCUCCCGGGAAAAGGCGAAAGAUGAGCCCAAAGCAGGAAAGAAGGAUGGAGGCAAAGCAGCAGAGGAGAAAAGGAGAAGGAUUGAGGAUGAGAAGAGAAAGAAGGAAGAAAAGGAGCGCAAGAAGAAAGAGGAGGAGAAGCUGAAAGCUGAAGAGGAACAAAAGAAAAAGGAGGAAGAGGAGAAAAGGCAGCAGGAGGAAGAGGAGAAGAGGAAGCAGGAGGAGGAAGCCAAGAGACAGCGAGAGGAAGAGGCAGCUCUACUCAAGGAGACGGAGGAGGCGCAGCAGCUGCACCAGGAGGCCUGGGAGCGCCACCAGACGCGCAAGGAGCUGCGCGCGCGCAACCAGACCGCGCCGGAAUCCCGGCCCGAGGAGGCCUUCUUCGGCCGCCUGGACUCCAGCCUGAAGAAGAACACGGCGUUCGUGAAGAAGCUGCGCACGCUGACCGAGCAGCAGCGCGAGGCGCUGGCGCACGACUUUGCCGGCCUCAACCUCAGCAAGUACAUCGGCGAGGCGGUCAGCUCGCUGGUGGAGGCCAAGCUCAAGCUGUCGGACGUGAGCUGCGCCGUUCGCAUCUGCUCGCUCUUCCACCAGCGCUACGCCGAGUUCGCGCCCCUCUUGCUCCAGGCCUGGCGCAAGCACCUGGACGCGCGGCGCGAGGAGAAGGCGCCCAACGUCAGCAAGCUGCGCACCGACCUGCGCUUCAUCGCCGAGCUGACCGCCGUGGCGCUCUUCACCGACAAGGAGGGCCUGUCGCUCAUCUACGAGCAGCUCAAGGGCAUCACCAGCGCCGACCGCGAGACGCACACGCACGUCUCCGUGGUCAUCAGCUUCUGCAAGCACUGCGGCGACGACAUCGCCGGGCUGGCGCCGCGCCGCGUCAAGGCGGCCACCGACAAGUUUGGCCUGGCGUUCCCGCCCAGCGAGAUCAUCACCACGGAGAAGCAGCAGCCCUUCCAGAACCUCUUGCGCGAGUACUUCACCUCGCUCACCAAGCACCUGAAGAAGGACCACCGUGAGCUGCAGAACAUCGAGAGGCAGAACCGGCGGAUCCUGCACUCUAAGGGGGAGUUGAGUGAGGAUCGCCAUAAGCAGUAUGAGGAGUUCGCCACCUCCUACCAGAAGCUGCUGGCUAACACCCAGACUCUGGCUGACCUGCUGGAUGAGAACAUGCCCGAGCUGCCCAUAGACAAGACCGUGCAGGAAGAGCACGGCCCAGGCAUCGAUAUCUUCACCCCUGGCAAGCCCGGCGAAUAUGACCUGGAGGGAGGCAUCUGGGAGGACGAGGAUGCUAGAAACUUCUACGAGAACCUGGUGGACCUCAAGGCCUUCGUCCCUGCCAUCCUCUUCAAGGACAACGACAAGGGUGGUCAGGGCAAAGUUGGAGAUGACUCCAAAGAUAAAGAAGCUAAGGAGACUAAAGAGGUCACCAGUACAGAGGAGCUGGAGUUGGAGCUGGAGGCUCUGGACAUCGCUGAUGACCCCCUAGAGUUGGAGCCCACAGACGAGGUUGAGAAUGAGGAGCUCGCCAAGAAGCUACUGGACGAGCAAGAACAAGAGGAUGAAGAGGCCAGCACCGGCUCCCACCUGAAGCUCAUCGUAGAUGCCUUCAUCCAGCAGAUGCCUAACUGUGUUAACAGAGACCUGAUAGACAAGGCUGCCAUGGAUUUCUGCAUGAACAUGAACACAAAGUCCAAUCGCAGGAAACUGGUCCGGGCACUCUUCACUGUACCCAGACAAAGGCUGGACUUGCUCCCGUUCUACUCUCGCCUUGUGGCCACUCUGCAUCCCUGCAUGUCAGACGUGGCUGAGGACCUGUGCUCUAUGCUCAAAGGAGACUUCCGAUUCCAUAUCCGCAAGAAGGACCAGAUCAACAUCGAGACCAAGAACAAGACGGUCAGGUUCAUUGGAGAGCUGGCCAAGUUCAAGAUGUUCUCCAAAACAGACACACUGCACUGCCUGAAGAUGCUGCUGUCUGAUUUCUCCCAUCACCACAUCGAGAUGGCCUGCACCCUCCUGGAGACCUGCGGUCGCUUCCUCUUCAGGUCACCAGAGUCUCACCUGAGGACCAGCGUACUCCUGGAGCAAAUGAUGCGUAAGAAGCAGGCUCAGCACCUGGACGCGCGCUACGUCACCAUGGUGGAGAACGCCUACUACUACUGCAACCCACCACCCAUGGAGAAGACCGUCCGCAAGAAGAGGCCGCCUCUGCAGGAGUACAUCCGCAAGCUGCUCUACAAGGACCUGUCCAAGGUCACCACCGAGAAGGUAUUACAACAGCUCCACUGUGUGGCCUGCUGGCAGGACCCGGAGACCAAGAGCUACCUGGUGUGCUGCAUGGUCAACAUCUGGAACGUCAAGUACAACAGCAUCCACUGUGUGGCCAACCUGCUGGCCGGCCUCGUGGCCUACCAGGAGGACGCUGGAUACACGAAUGUGUGGAGUGCUUUCGAGGACAUCCGUCUGGGAAUGGAGGUGAAUCAGCCCAAAUUUAACCAGCGGCGCGUGAGCAGUGCCAAGUUUCUGGGCGAGCUCUACAACUACCGCAUGGUGGAGUCGGCGGUCAUCUUCCGCACCCUCUUUUCCUUUACCUCCUUCGGGGUCAACCCCGACGGCACGGCCUCGCCCCUCGACCCGCCCGAGCACCACUUCCGCAUCCGCCUGGUCUGCACACUGCUCGACACCUGCGGCCAGUACUUCGACCGCGGCUCCAGCAAGAGGAAACUCGACUGUUUCCUCAUCUACUUCCAGAGGUACAUCUGGUGGAAGAAGAGCCUGGACGUGUGGACGAAGGAGCACCCGUUCCCCAUCGACAUCGACUACAUGAUCAGCGACACCCUGGAGCUCCUCAGGCCCAAGAUGAGGCUCUGCACCUCACUGGACGAGGCCAACCGACAGGUCACCGAGCUCGAGAGAGAGGUCAUGGUGAAACUAGGCCUGAUGAUGGGGAAGGACGGCCGCUGCCCCAGCUCCAUGGGUGACGGAGAGGGUCUGGACGAGGAAGACGACGAUGAUGAUGAAGAGGGCGGAGCCGAUACCGAGGAGCAGUCUGGAAACGAGAGUGAGAUGAACGAGCAAGAGGAAGAGGAGGGCUCUGAGAAUGAGGAGGAAGAGAGGGAGGAAGAGGAAGAGGAGAACACCGACUACCUGACUGACUCCAACAAAGAGAAUGAAACGGAUGAAGAAAACAAUGAGGUGACUAUUCGUGGAGGUGGCCUGAAGCACGUUGCCUGUGCUGAAGAUGAAGAUUUCAUCCAGGCCCUUGAUAAGAUGAUGUUGGAGAACCUGCAGCAGCGUAGCGGUGAGUCUGUGAAAGUGCACCAGCUGGACGUGGCCAUCCCGCUGCAGCUGAAGAGCCAGCUGAAGAAAGGCCCCGCCCCUGCCGGGGGGGAUGGAGAGGCCGAGAUCAACGAGACCAUGCAGUUCGUCAUGCUAACACGCAAGGGCAACAAGCAGCAGUUUAAGAUCUUGAACGUGCCGCUGUCGUCCCACCUGGCUGCCAACCACUUCAACCAGCAGCAGGCCGAGCAGGAGGAGCGCAUGCGCAUGAAGAAGCUCACGCUGGACAUCAACGAGCGGCAGGAGCAGGAGGACUACCAGGAGAUGAUGCAGUCCCUGGCCCAGCGCCCAGCUCCAGCUAACACCAAUCGUGAACGGCGGCCUCGCUACCAGCACCCCAAAGGGGCGCCCAACGCAGACCUCAUCUUCAAAACAGGGGGCAGAAGGCAGGAUGCUAGGGCCAGGCGUCGACUGUGACACAGGCGCCGCUGAUUGGACUCCAGUGGACUGAGCGACGAACGCAGCGUGAGAGAGAAAAAUGUACAAAACUGAGCGAGAGCGUGAGUGCAGCAGUUUGGCGUCACCCUCAAGCGGACGGGCGGACAGGGAGGGAGGCGGUCACUCAGGGUGACCCCCACCUCACCCCGACAAACCAGAGGAGGAAGAGGUGGAGGAAGAGGAUGACUAGAGGAGAGCGUGAGAGAGAGAAAUAGAGGACUGUGGCCAAAAGGAGUGUGUCGGGGGGGUGUCUCGGCAUCACCAAUCUCCUUCUGUACAGCACCAGCAGCAACGCAUACACACACGCAUACACACACACACGCAUACACACACACACGCAUACACGCACACACGCAUACACGCACACACACAUACACACACAUACACACGCAUACACACACACACGCAUA